ACUGUUACUGUCAUGUAGUGUAUGCUUAAAUGUCAAAACUAAGUCAGACUAUUAUAACCUCAAAUUUUUACAAAAGUUUCUCAAAAGGGAACUUUUUUAUACUUAUUACGCCAAUUGAUAACCGAUUUCUUUAAAUUAAAAAAAUGGCACAUUGUUAAACCUAGAAAAAUGGCAAAUUUGAAGCCAGGCGGACAAAAUCCGCGAAAAAAAGUCCAGGUAUCAAUGGUAAUUUGCGAAGCUGAGGAAAAGAGACACAGAUCUGGCGUAAAUGCUCUCCAAAUAGAUCCGGCAUUAGAUCGUUUGUACUCUGCUGGUAGGGACUCAAUUAUUAGGGUGUACGAACAUGAGCGCUAUUUACAUGGGAUGGAACAUCAUACUGACUGGGUUAACGACAUAGUUUUGUGUUGUGGAGGCCGACAUUUAAUCUCAGCAAGUUCAGACACUACCGUUAAAGUUUGGAACGCCCAUAAGGGCUUUUGUAUGUCAACUCUGCGAACACAUAAGGACUAUGUGAAAGCCUUGGCAUACGCCAAAGACAGAGAGCAAGUUGCGUCUGCAGGUCUUGAUAAAUCCAUUUAUUUGUGGGACAUCAACACCUUAACAGCUUUAACAGCUAGCAAUAACACAGUCACUACUUCUAGUUUGAUGGGUAGCAAAGAGUCAAUUUAUAGUCUGGCCAUGAACCCUCCAGGAACAGUAAUAGUAAGUGGAUCCACUGAAAAAGCUCUCAGGCUUUGGGACCCCAGAAAUUGUGUCAAGUUAUUUAAGUUAAAAGGUCACACUGAUAACGUUAAGGCUUUAGUUGUGUCAAAAGAUGGUACCCAUUGCAUUUCUGGUAGCAGUGAUGGGUCCAUCAAAGUGUGGAGUUUAGGGGGGCAGAGGUGUAUUCAAACAAUCAGAGUUCAUAGCGACUCCGUUUGGGCACUCCUCGCCACUGAAAAUUUUACACAUGUAAUCUCUGGUGGAAGAGAUAAAAAGGUGAUAAUGACUGAUCUGAAAAACCCCCAGAAUAGCGUAGUGGUUUGUGUGGAAGAGGCGCCAGUGCUCAAAAUGUGUUUUACAGCAGACCAGCAGGCUGUAUGGGUGUCAACUUCAAACUCCAGUAUUCGCUGUUGGAAGUUACCAACUGAGAAACAUUUCAAAGAAGAAGCCAAAAUGCCGACUUCGCCCAUUUCGCUGAUACCAGGUGGCGCUGCAAUUCGCCAGGCCGUGGUUCUCAACGAUAAGAGACACAUUUUGACCAAAGAUGCCAACGACAAUGUUGCUCUUUACGAUGUUUUGAGGGCGCGAAAAAUCGAAGAUUUAGGACAAAUCAAUUUCCAAGAUGAAAUAAAAAAUAGGUUUAAAGUAGUUUACGUUCCCAAUUGGUUCAAUGUUGAUCUUAAGACUGGAAUGUUGACGAUUCAUUUAGGACAAGAUGAAGUCGAUUGUUUCUCAGCGUGGGUUUCAGCGAGAGAUGCUGGAAUUAGGGAUUGUCCAGAGCCGGACCAAAAAGUAAAUUAUGGCAAAUUGUUAUUACAGGCACUUUUUGAGCAUUGGAGAGGCGUUGAAAGAGACCCAGAAAAUAAACUUUAUUUCUCAGUACCCAAGCAUAUACCUUUGAUUUUGAGUGAAGUGGGAGGACGCACGCUUUAUCGGGUUUUGGUUGGCGACACUGUUGGAGAUACGGAAAAUGCGUUGUUAAAUGAGACAGUACCCAAUUGGGUUAUUUCCAAUAUUGAAGAAAAUAGUACCGGGAAAUUCAUCAAAGUUCAGUUUUACCUUCAACCACAUUCUUCUGUCCCUUCCCAUUUAUUGAAACAAGAUAGACUGAAAAAACCUGAUAGAUUGGUAGCUAAUGAUUUUAUUCAAUGUCGCAAAGUCGCUGAACAUAUUUUGGAAAAAUUAUUGGGUGAUGGAAACGCAAGUUCUCCCGGAGGUGACGCUGAUUCUACCACUCCAAGCAGCAACGGUUACAAUGUUGACCAAAUAGAAUUAACCUGUAAUGAUCAAGUAUUGGACCCCGCCAUGGAUUUACGAACUGUUAAACAUUUUAUUUGGAAAUCUUCGGCAGAUUUGACGUUACAUUACAGGAUUGUUAAUCCAAAAUAAUGCAUGCCAUUCCACAUUGUACACCCAUAUAUUGAUUUUAUCCAUAAUUUUGGUGAAAGUGCGCAACUCUGGCGCCACCCGACAGAUUUAUAUUUAAUUAUUAUACUCGUAGUUUUUUAUAGUCAAUCCGUGUAUGUUUAGAAAUUUAUGAUUCAAAUUGCUUUUAUUAAAAAAAAUAGAUACUUUUC